GUUAGACAAUCAAUUAAUCCGUAAAAUACGUAGGUAAUCCCUUAAAACAGUCCAAACCCUGCUCAAGCCAACAUCAUUUAAAACAUUAAAAGUUGUAUUUUUAUUUUGGCCCUGUAUUACUUAUUACUACUUGUUUGUGAAUCUGCAGUGUAGGACAGAAGAGCUGACCUGUGAUCAGCCAAAUACUGCCGUUGUAGUGCGCAUGCGCAGACGGAGCAGCAAACCAUCAUGGCCCCGUUCAGGGAGGUAUUGUGCUGGGAGGGAUCCAUUAAAGCGCCAUUGUGUGCAACGUUACGCACGAGCAGCGGCUGUUGAAUUCAGGAUGAACGACAUGAACCUGAGUCCUGUAGGCAUGGACCAGCUCAGCGUUCCCUCGGUGAGCUCCGGCCACCUGGGUCUGCCCACCUCCCCGACGCACAACCCCAUUCCCACCCCAGGCAUGUCAGUGGCCAUCCCCAGCCUGGGCCCCUCCCUGGGCUCCCUUCCCUCGGCCCUCUCGCUGAUGCUCCCCAUGGGUCCGCUGAGUGACAGAGGGGUGAUGUGCGGCCUGCCAGAGAGGAACUACUCUUUGCCGCCGCCCCCGUACCCCCACCUGGAGAGCAGCUACUUCCGACACAUAUUGCCAGGUAUCCUGUCCUAUCUGGCAGACCGUCCACCACCUCAAUACAUCCAUCCCAGUAGCCUUAACAUGGAUGGCACUCUGUCGGUGGCCAGCAACAAUCACUCCGGUCUUGAUCCCUACAGUGGCCCUGGAGGCUCACUGGAGCAGGUCCUGGUGCCCAUGGACUCCAGACAGGUGAGCGGCCAAGGAGACCUCCGCCAGGCUGGUGCUCAUGAGCUGGACUCCACGGGAUUGGCCAUGGAGUCGCGUGUGAGCAGCCCCAUGUCCCCCGACCGGAUGGGAGAGGAACUGGCCACGAUGGACGGAGUCGGCGUGGUGGUGGUUUCUGACACCCAACAGCAGCUCGGAGGGGGAAGGCAGCCUCAGCCCCAUGAGGGAUUGACAGGGGUGGACUCAUCUGGUGGGGUGAUGCCCCUUCACGGACCCACUGUUCUGGAACUACCGGCGGUGAUGGAGCAGGAUCAUAUGGGCGGUCGAGUGAGUAACACCGGGGGAGGAGGAGCAGGAGGACUCGGGGAGCAGCUCCACUCAAACGGGGAGCUGAACGUCGUCAGUGUGGUGCUCGCCGGCUCCAUGGCCAGCCAACUGGAGCCGGUGUCUCUCCAUGGGCACUCUGGGAUGGGACUGGAGGCCGUGAAUGUGUCCCCCAUCACUGCAGAGGUGUCGCUGGGGCCAGAAAACAACCUGGUGCUGGUCAACUCCACCCUGCAGCUGGAAGAUUCUACCUCCAACAAGGAGAACAUGGUCAUUGCCUACACCAUCUGGUGCACGUUGUGUGAGCGCUCGUAUACCUCGGACUGCCCGGAGCACGGCCCAGUCACCUUCAUCCCGGACACACCUAUCCAAAGCCGGGCUCGCCUAUCACUGCCGCGCCAACUGUGCCUGCGCAUCUCAGUAGCUGACGAACCACUUGGAGUUUUUGCGCGCGAUGUUAUUCCUUCAAGGACCUGCUUUGGACCAAUGGUGGGCCAGCACUGUGGCAAUGUGGACCUCUCUAAUUGGCCAGAAAAGGACACGCCACAAAUAUGGAAGAUGUACCACAACAAUGUACUGGAAUUCUACAUUGUGACAACGGAUGAGAAUGAGUGCAACUGGAUGAUGUUUGUCCGCAAAGCGAGAACCCGCGAGGAACCGAACCUGGUGGCGUACCCCGCCAACGGUAAACUGUUCUUUUGUACAACCACAGAGAUCCACCCGGACCAGCAGCUGCUCUUUUACUACAGCAGAGACUACUGCAGGCUGAUGGGUGUUCCGCAGGUCCCCGAGGGACAGAUCUGCCAUUGCGGCAAAGAGUGCUCCUCUUUCUCUGAGCUCAAGUCUCACCUUGAUAGUCAUAACAGUAACCACAGCCAUAACCAGCCUCCCCACAGCCACAGUCCAUCGCAGCAGGAGCACUCUCAGCAACAGCAGCACGCUCACCAGGAAGAGAAGCUGACUACUGGGACCUCGAGCUCCUCCUCCUCGCCAUGGUCCUGCCACACCCCUGGUGCAGGACAAACAAACAGUGACAACAACAGCGGCAGGGCCAACAGUAAUAGAAACGCUAACAACGGUACCUCCAGACCGAAAGGUCAGGGUCAUGUACGGGAGAAGAAAUUCAAAUGUAGCAUGUGUUCCCGCGCUUUCCUCACAUCCACAAAGCUCAACGUGCACUUCAUGGGGCACGUGGGGAUGAAACCUCACAAGUGUGAAUACUGCAGUAAGGCCUUCAGUGAUCCCAGCAACCUCAGGAUGCACCUCAAGAUCCACACAGGUCAGAAGAACUACAGAUGCACGGUUUGCGAGAAGUUGUUUACCCAGAAGUCUCAUGUGGCAUCGCAUAUGCUCAUCCACACCGGUGCAGAGAAGCUCAAGUGUGACCUCUGUGACCGAGCAUUCAUCAGGAAACAUGACCUGACACAACAUAUGUUCUCUCACACACAUGAGCGCCGCAUACAGUGCCCAAAGUGCAACAAACACUUCCUCAAGACCAACCAACUGAAGAAGCACAUGAACUCUCACGAGGGCCGGAGAGACUUUGUCUGUGAGAAAUGCCACAAAGCUUUCCUCACCAAAUAUCACCUCACCCGUCACCUCAAGAUAUGCAAAGGGCCCAAGGCAGAAAGAGCGUCUCGCAAGGAGCAGGAAAUAGAUGAUGAUGAUGAAGAAGAGGAAGAGGAGGAAGAUGAUGAUGAUGGUAGGGGAAGAGGUGGGCAGACAUUUGUAGGCAAUGAAGACUGCGGUUUAGAUGUUGGAGAGUAUAACUCUGAAAAGUCCCUCUCGCCCCCUCAUUGACAACACUGACUUUUUGAGAUGUGUCUAGAAUAUUUAUAAUUUCUUGUUUAUUUAUACGCUAAACUACAAUAAUAAUUUGCAUCUGUAGUUUUUGCCAAUUGUCAGUUACUUUGUCAAAUUUCCUCCACAACAUCUUACAUUUCAUCCAUUCCAUUGGGUUGUCACGUCAGUGUCAUUCUUUUGGUCACUUGGGUGGCCGGUGCAACGCGCUUAUCGCUGCCGAUUCCGCAUUAAACUGCCUCUCUAUCUCACGGUCUGUUUUAACCUCCCUGAUAUACACUAUAGUCCUGCCCCGAACCAGGAGUUCAAUUCCAGAGCCAGUGCUAGGCGAGGAGCUCAGACCAACUGUAUGCUGUUGAUACCGUUGCACCUCCACAGAGGUCAUGUUCCAGUUUGUUAGAGCCAGUCUGCGAUGCCAGGGGUCGGUUUGCCUUGAUCUCCGCCCUUUGCCUGACGCCCGGAUUGCAAUGCACCCAAUCCCAAUGUCUAUCCCGGGAAGUUCCUGGGCCCGGAUUACCUCUUCUGGACGAUUCACUUAGGUUAAGAAAUCUCUCAUACUACGGCCCUUCCUGUGGAACCACUUUGCCUUUGGGUAUCCCCAUUGGGAGCUAUUUCCCCGACAACACAGCCCACAAGGGCCCUGGAAAACACAAACCACUCCACCACCAAGUUUGUGUCUCAUUGGAUUACGUAGUCAAUACUUUUUUAAUACACAUUUUACGCCAUAUGAAUUUUUCAGUCAAUCAAUUAUUUCAAUAAUUAUUUUUUUGUCAUACUCAAUUACAUGGGAUGAAUGGUUGGUAGGAAUUUAUAUGUAGAUAUAUAUGUAUCAUAGUAUUUUUGGAUAGUAGUCUGGAUAUGUAAUUGCUGUAUGGCCAUUCAUUAUUUAUUAAACCCAGGAUUUCUAAUUAUUUUU